AUGGGUCGUCAGCCUCGUCAGCGUCCUGUGUCUUGCAACUUCUGCCGUGUGCGCAAGUUGCGCUGCAGUAGAGAAUUUCCGUGUUCCAAUUGCACAAGCCGCGGAGUUCAAUGCCAGGCUCAAGACCCACCCCGGGCACCGGGCCCGUCUUCACGGCCGGUAUCUAAACGUGCAGGCGGAGGUGUAAGCGGAAGCGGAGGCGGAGGCGGAGGCAGUGGUGGUGGAGGACCAUCUUCUGGGGGCAAGGAGGCGGACAUCCUCUCACGAUUGGAGAGGCUGGAAGCUCUUCUCGCAGAACGAAACAAAGGGACUGACUCUAACUCUCACUCUCACUCUCGAACAAUAUCAUCAGCCCCUUCGAGUGUAGAAGGCAGUGAUGUUGCUUCCCGGACACAGCUGGAGCCUCUGCAACCGUUGCCAAUCAAUGUCCAGAACUUGACGGCUGAUGCUCUUUGGCUCGAGAGUUCAUGCCUUGGCCCAAAGCCAUCACCGUCAUGUUACAUCUUUCAAAACUCAAGUGUCCCCUCAGGUUUCCUCGCUUUGGAACCAACAAGAUGCAUCUGGUUGCCUCAACGACAUGAAACCAAGGUUUUGGUUCACAAGUACACCUCGGUCAUCACUUUUAUGCAUCAUGUUGUGCACACUCCAAGCCUGUAUAAACUCGUCGAUGAGGUCUACGACGCCGUUGAAAAGGGGACACAAGUUUCGCUGUGCUCAGUUCUCCUGAUGCUUGCAGUCUGCACCAACGUCACAUACGCAUGGACAGCAGUAGACAACAACAUGACGCCUCUCUUCUCUGACUAUACAGAGGCAAACAACCAAUCAUUCGGAUGGCUCAAAUCAACCUUUGAUGUAUUCGAUGCAUCGCAGCGGAGGUCGGAGAUAGGUCUCGAGUUGGCUCAGGGUCUCAUCAUCGUGAGCUUCGUCCUGUUGAACUUGGAAGGGGUUUCCUCCCGAGCUCGAAACUGUUUCUUCAAUUCCAUCACCAUUUGCCGUGAGCUCGGACUGCACCGUCUGGAUCACCCUCACAACCCGCCCUCGGUGCAAAUACCCCAGCUCAGUCCUCUCAAAAUGGAGACUGCUCGGCGAGUUUGGUGGUACCUCAUUGGUACAGAUGCGUAA